AUGGCUACUAGUACAGGAAGUGGUAAUAUGGAACACGCCGCUAACGAGAUAGCGACGUACCUCUACGGGAGUUCCGCCACUGCUAGGCCAGGACCCGGUUCCUACUAUAAUCCAAACGCGCUUCAGUUCAAUUGUGCCUUCGUUUCAAUUGCCUUUAUACUCGGUAUGACGGCGCCUCAACUCUCAAAGUUGACAGAUGUGCCAGAGCCUACAAAUGCGGGGAUGGGGGUAACGGCAAUAAAGAGACUUCUGGAGGCUCUACAUGAGAAGGGCUUGAUCUGGGGUUGUGCUGUGUCAAAGCUGCAUCAGCCAUACGUUUACCAUUCCUAUGCUCAAGGGCCGCGUGCAGGCGAGGACCAUUACCCUCAGUCAUGCUCGGAUGGUCUUUACAGCUCCCUGAAUAAUUACUAUUACACGCAUGCACCGUCGGGCUUCUCUCCUUCGAUUUAUCACCUAGUGCUAUACGAGCGCCCUGACAGCAAUAGAACCCACCAUUGCAUCGUCUCUGAUGAGUAUAAGUUGACAGACUAUCAGCAUGUCGUGGGCGAACACAAGCAAGGAAGAGGGACAGAUGUCACAUGGGAACUGGAACAUACUCCUCAGUUCCAUCGGACGUUCAGAUUUUUGACAAAAACGGGCCCGAGAUCGCGAUGA